GUGACAGAUUUUCAAACUCGUCUGGUUUUAGUAUGAGAAUCAAUUUCAUUCUGUCAGCAUGCCGGUGGUCAAUAAAUUAAUCGUUUUAAUUUUGAGUCUCAUUUUUAUUAAUCAAAAUUUACUUGCUGUAAAUACUGCACAAAGUGAAAGUGCCGAUAAUCAAUAUGAAUCGAUGAUACAUCGAAGUUUCCGUAAUUUGGAAAAAUCACAUGUGCAACACAAGAGAGUUAAAAGGGAAGAUGACAAUGCUCAAGUUAACUAUGUUUUGACCGGUUUCCUUGAGAAUGGUACGAUUCCGGUCAAUUUCCCGAAAGACAUUUGCUUGUUUGAACUGAAGGGAGUCCUAUAUGCGUCAGCUCUACACUUCUCCAAUCAUCCAGACAAUCUAGUCAAUCAGUCAAUACUGCUAACAAUCUUCAAAAGUGUAGAGAACGGAGGAUUCGCCGAGAUAUUUACCUACAAAACAGAAUCGGCUUUAGAUAUGGAUUGCAUGGCAAUGGAUGACACUGGCUUCGUUGUCAUCAGCAACAACAUCGAACACGAUAUUGAAAACUUGGAUGAAGGAUCACCGGUUUUUCGAAUUACAUCCGACACCGUUCAAAUCGUCCAGUACUUUUCAAAGCCAUUUCAGAAUAAGAUUUACUUGAGACGUUAUGGCAACAGCCUGUUCCUAAUGCAGUUGAUCGUCAGCCAACCGAAAACGCUGAACGUGUGUCCAAUAUUCAUUUGGAAUUCAAAUCAUUUUGAUUUGAUCGAUGAACUGCCCUGUACCAAUUCAAUGAACAUGGAACAAUUCGAUAUUGAUACGGAUGUGUACGUUGCCCUGGCUAACUAUAAAGAUGAGUUGGGACAAACUGCAACAUUUUCCUACAUCUACAAGUACAACAUGGAACACAAGAAAUUCGUGUUGCAUCAACAAGUCCGAACCAAUGCGGCUAUGGACGUGACGUACUUCAAUAUCAACGACGAACAUUUUCUGGUUUUCGCUAAUUCGUACGAGAUGCUCGACAACGGCAAAAAGAACUUUGAAACGCAGUCGGUCAUCUACAAACACUCUGACGACUAUUUCACUCCGUUCCAAACGAUGUUGCUGUACGGUGUCGAACAAUUCGUUCCGGUGAUGGGAUCGGAACAUGAAUUCACAUUACUAGUUUCGUGCAAAGAUCAGGCACCGAAAUCGUGGCAAUACAACGGCUGGUCAUUUAUCGAGUCGGAUGUUCAGUUUACCGGUGGGGCAUUGGGUCAGGGAGUGUCGAAUUUGCGCACCUAUUCGUUUAAUGGUUCAAUUGCACUUGUGGUGGCCAAUACAUUGAUGGCGAAAGAAGCGAGCAACAUUUUCUUCCCUCAGUUUGUUCCUAAAGAAGCGUCUCACGUCGUUCAACAAACCAUUGAAAAGUGGUGUGCGGCUAACAAACUCGAUGCGACUUCAAUCGACGAUGCCAAAAAAUUGGCAAUUGAAUUGCAGAAAUUCCCGAUGAGAAGCAUUCCCGAUGUACCCAACGUUAAUGAGAUCAAUUUUCUGGAAGAGGUUACGAUUGAUACGAUCACCACAAAACAGUUUCGGGUGAAAGACAUGGUUCUUGAUCAGCAAUUUGCUGAUAAAAUCAACGAAAUGUUGGAUGCAAUCGAAAAUCUGAACAAACGUCUCGACGACAUGGAAAAAUCGUCCACGCAACGCAACACAAUGGCUGAUGAAUCCAAGCAAGAAUCAAUGUUCCAAUACGCUCAGAACACUUUGCAUUCGGAUGCGCAGGUAGUUGGUAAAGGAAAUGAAAUUGAGUCGGAAAAGGAAUCGAGUGUGCUGGACGUUGAAGAACUCACUAUCGGAAACAUGAUCAUAAUGGAUUCCAUCAACGGGCAUCCGUUUGCUGAUAUGGUACUGGUGCACCGAGAUUUAAAUGUCUCCGAAAUAGUGGUCAAUGAAUUGAUUCUGACAAAUCCGCGCAACUACAUGGACAUCAUCGGUAAAGGGAAUCAAGAAGUCAUGGUCAAAUCAGCUAGCGAAAGUUUUGCUACUCCAACGACCGGUAUUGUCGAAAAUAUGAAAGUGAAUUCGUUGUUAGUCGACGGUCUCAUCAACCGCUUAGAUCUGGCACUGUUGAACGAAUAUGCGUUAAAGAUCCGAGGCGAUCAGGUCAUUGAUAGUGAAAUCAACUUUGAGAGUCUGAAAGCGACAUCGCUGCAAGCAGCAUCUACGGUUUCGAAGAGACAAAUCGACGAGAUCGUUCGAACGGUAGAGGGUCCGUUUAUCGUUGAUCAAGCUAUCCAAUUCAUUAAACCAGUCUUUAUCAACGAAUUGAUUGUCAAACAACGCAUAAACAACAUUAAUGUGCUAAACGGAGCCUUCAACAUUUUGCUGAAACGUUCGGAUCACGAUCAAGUCAUCCAAGCGCUGAAAAUAUUCGAUGAAGUGAAAUUGUUGAAUCCGAUCGUUCUCCAGGGGAAAAUUACGAAAUCCAAUCUGAACAAAAUCAAUCCCAUCGUCUCAAUCGCCAAUGAUAUUGUACUUGAAGGAGACUACGAAAUAAGAGGAAACACGACCAUCAUUCGGGUGAUUCGUGGUGAGAAUUUCUACGGAAACGGCGGAGUGUACAAUGCUAACGAUUUGUUGCUGGAUGGUCUGCGCUUGGACACCCCGGUUAUUGAACAGAUCUUUGAAUUUGUGCAACCGAUAAAGGUCACAAAUCUCUUAUCAAAGUCGGUUAAUAAUGUGGAUGUAACGAAAUUGGUGAGGACUGGCGAAGAAAUCCAACACGUCUACGGCGAGAAGAAUUUUCUGGGAGAUCUGCACGUAAUGAAUGGUUUCUGCGAGGCAUUCACCAUAAACGACAUUAAUUUGUCGGUGCUCAACGAUACAGUGCUGAAACGGACUGGUGCACAGACAAUCGACGGCAAGAUUACCUUCAAUUCGAUUCGGGUCCAACGAGCGUCUGCACAAUCCGUUAAUUUGUUCGGCCACAAAUUCUCCGAUUUCCUCACGAAGACAGAUCAAAUCAUUCCCGGCAAUGUCACCAUCAAAGGCAAUCUGAUCGUAAACAACAUUCAAAUUGAAAACAUUCGAACGAACAAACGAAUUUGCAAUUACGAUGUGGGCGCCUUGAUUGCGGAUACAAUUACCACAACGACAGGCGCGUCAGUCCAGAUCACUGGCGAUAAAUUCUUCAGGGAUCAUUUAACAUUGGAAAAUGUUCAAAUCAGAGGAAACGUUUUCCAGCUGGGUACAAUGGAUUCACUGCUUGGUCAUCUGAACACUUUGAGUGAGGAUGUCAAAUUGAAUGGGCCGAUAACUCUGACCAAUAAUUUGAGAGUUGGCAAACUGACGUUCGCACAGAACAUCAAUGGAAUGUCGAGUACCGAUUUCGGAUAUCAGUGGCUGUUAAGCGAAACGAAUCAGGAUUUCACCGCUCCGCAAACGAUUUCCGUAAUUAGAACCGACGAGAACGUCAUCCUGAAUGGAACCCUCAACAAUGUGGAUGUGGUCAAUCACUUUGGCCUUACCCAAUUCAAGGAUGAGCUGAUCAACUUCAAAAACGCUAGUUUCGUCCGUGCAGUAUUUCAACAGCCAAUCACUCUGAAUGGGCUAGUCUCCGGCAUCAAGUUUCCGGAUGAUAUUGUCUUGAGAGACAGUGACGUUCUUCAGUCUAUCUCUGGUGCAGCCGUUAACGAUAUCAAUGUGGCGGGCAAGAUUACCGUUGAGGGAAGGAUUAACGAUAUUGAUUUCAACAUUGCAUGUGAUCUACUGUCACCAAAUCCUAGUCCGUAUACACUGGUGCUCGAGCGUGAUGCGAUCUUUGCACAUGCCCCACAAAUUGAAUAUUUGAACGAACUGAACGUAAAUCAAUUGUACAAUGAAGUGUGGUUGUCGAAUCGGAAUGCCGAAUUGACUGGCAUACCAAGAUUUUCGCACGUUCAAUUUUCAAGACCUAUUGAGAUCAAGGGUUUGCUGAAUGGAUUCGACGUCGGUUACAUCGGUUCGCACUACGUUAGCCUAACAAAACCACAGGAAAUUGUGGCCGAAGUUGAAAUCAAUGGAAAUGUUCUGUUUCAAGGUGACAUCAGGAGUGGAAGCCUUCACUUGAACGGUGUCAUCAAGGACUUUAACAGCGGCACAACAAUCAAGAUCGAAGAAUUUGAUCAAAAUGUACUCAAAAAGGACAUCGACCAAGUGAUCACGGGUGAAUGGUAUAUUACCGAAUUGAAUGUUGCUGGCGAUUUCAAUUCCUUGGUUAACGGCCUCAACGUGGUCGCCGAUGUUGCACGGUUCAGUAAUCCAAUCAACAACGUUACAUCGUUCAAGACGUUCGAGAGCGUAGCUGUUACGAAUUUAAACUGUCUGUAUGGAUGUACCUUAAUGGAUGUCGAUGUUGGUGACUGGUUGAGCAAAGUUGUUUUUGCGACCGGUAAUUACACCAUUCAAGGUACAACCGUUAUGGAUGCUCCAUUGUUUUACAACAAUCUCAACGUCCUCGGUGUGGUAAAUAAUGUAACAUUCACUCCGGACAAUAUUCUGCUGAAGAGUACCCAACAAAACAUCAACGGAAACGUGUACAUCUCCAACAAAUCCGUCAACGACAAUCGCAUUUUACCCCUUUCGUUUGCGAACGUUCAGCUAGACUCAAUCAAUGGCAAAUCGUUGAAAGAUUUGUACUUGAACGUGGUCUACAAGGAUGAUCCAUUGUCCUCGAUCAAUACACGAAUGGAAUUCAAUGAAUUGGUGACCGUUGAUUACGUGCAAUUGUACGCCGAUUUGAAUGGAGUCAGUCUGAAUGAAUUGAUUGACAAAUUUCAGUUGUACCGAGAGGUAACUAAUUACGGUGAACAUGUUCAGCAGUUGAACAUUAUUGGCAAUGGCAUCGUUGACGAGCUAAAGGCUAAGAGAAAUUACAUGGCCACGUACCGUCUUCAGCAAGUCAUAUUUGGGAACAUCAAAAAAAUCCUCAGUGUUGAGGUCACAACGCCUACAGAAACGUUCGACGUUUUCGUGGUGCUCAAUGUCACGGACAUCAACGGCUUUUUGAACUUCUACAUAUUCGAUCGGGAAACAUCAGUCCUAGCACUAGCCAAUUCACUGUUUGGCUUUCAGCCCAAAGACAUGCACAUCCUGGACAUUUUUUCGAUCCGAGUCAGCGAUAGAGACUUCCUCGUCGUACAGACACAGAACCAUUUUUCGGGAGCGUUUGGUCACUCGUUUUUCACGCACUUCAAAGGACAAUUUCGCAACGUGUACGAGCUACAUGAUAAUGUUUCGCGCGAAAUUGUUGGCUUAAAUAUGGUAACGGACGAUUGCUUUGUAACGUAUUCGAGACAUGCGACCAAUGUUGCCAUUGCCUGUGCAUUCUUCAAUCAGCCUGGAAUUUUAGGAUUUCAGCAAGUCGAUGAAUUGUAUUCAUCAAGUGGGGUUGUGCAGGUCCGUUCCAUCACUUCAAGUAACCGAGUCGAGGUUAUCGUUUUGGAUUUGGAGGGGAAAAUCAGCGUCUGGUCGUUGGAUCAACAGCACAAAUUCAUUCGGUCACAGAUAAUCAAAGCACUUCACACUACCACCCAGAUUUCAGCCAUUCAUCACAAAGGUUUCCACUACAUUGCCGCAUGCUCGGAAACACCAACGCGCUCCACUCAUUUGGGAUCGAUUGAAAUUUACACAUCGCCGGCCAACGCCUAUGCCAAUAUGCAGAGCAUCGUAAUCGAGUCUCCUACCAGAAUCGAGCUGUCUGUCGUUGCGUCUACAGGCGACUUGGUUCUUUACGCGCUCACAGAUACCAUUGCAAAGCCAUUGGUCGUUUAUCGGUUCACCGGCAUCAACAAAUUUGAAGAGUUCACAGCUGGUGUGACUAUACCACGAGCACAACGCUUGAAUGUUCUUAAGGCAAGAGUGUUGGGAAAAGAACUAAUUUCGUUAAUUAGUGAAGGGGUGGGUGGAAUGAUAAUUGAAGCAAAAGUGAAGUAGAAUCGUACGUCGG